AAGCCGGUCAGGGUCCUCUUGCUUUCGUACCACCAGCCUUAGUUGCCACUUUGACGAGUGGCAAUUCACUGCAACAUAAUAUUUUGAAUGAACAGGAACUCACCGGCUAGCCUCGAAAGCCUCGUGUCGGCUGCACGAAAGGAUGUCAAAGCAUGCCCAAGAAUGCUUUCCGCCGUGCACCGUCAUCUUCGCACGACACGAGUCCCUCAGGAGCUUUUUGAAUCUAUGAAAUCACCAUCUGCAACUGCCGAAAUUAUGGCGAGCUGUCUGGACGGCUUACGUGUUGCAUUGCACUGGGCGAAUCGGAGGCAUAAAGAUCUUGCAGAGCGCGUCUUUCAGCAAUGGAAUGCGGCGUGGGAAUGGUCGUCGUUCAUGGCGGAUGAGGUUAUCUCGAAGGAGCCUCAGUCGGCGGAAUGCAUCGACUUCCAGUACAGGGUCAUCGGAACAGCCUCUGAUCUCCUCAGGCUUGCUGCCUUUGAGAGUCAAGGGUCCCCUCACGAAGUACAAGUUCUUAAAAGACCUGGGUUCUUCGCUACCCUUGUCCGUCUCUGGUUCCAUGUUUUGCGCCAUGGGGGUUCUCCUGCAGUGCUCAGAGAAACGUCGCAUUCACUUGUUGUAUUUCACCGGAUUAACUCCGACAGCAGGGACAACUUCAAACUCGUCAUCAGAGAAGUUGGUCUUGUGCUCCAGAAUAUGCCAGGUGCUACUGCCCUGUUCAUUGCGCACGUAUUGCAGACGAUCGAGGUCAAGAAAAUUAACAUGCGUCUCCUCGAUGGACCACUUAAUUUGAUAUCCUAUGCUUUGGAGUUUCAUUCCGAUUGCAUUCUUUGUCCUUUUAUCGCCUGUCAUGCUCCAACCUUCGUCACUAUUCUCAUGGCUCGUUUCACGUCUUUCAAGCUUACUUAUGAACUCGGGAACAUUGAUGAUCAGAAGCUGGACAAACUCAUUCAAAGCAAUAUGGCGGAAUCUUGUUUUUUUCUAUGCAUCAAGCUCUUGGAAAUUUGUAUCAGGACGCGCGGCCUUCCCUGCGUCGUCCAGAUACUCCAAAACCGCUUCCUCCCGACUUGCUUCAAAGCAGCGAAGAUUUUUAAGCAUCGAUCCGGUUCCUUUCCUAACAACACCGAGGACACUUGCUCCGAACUUUUUAGGAUGAUUGCAACAUUCAGCAUCUAUCCGAAAGUAAUGCAUUUCGUGAUCAAAUCUAACAAGCACUUGGAAGCUCAUAAUCUCAAGGCCUUGGUGAAAUUGACAGCCCCGGGAAUGUGGACGUCUUAUAACACUCUAUGUGAUAUAGCGAUGCAGAGGUAUACUAACAAAUCUGUUUAUUCUGUUCUUCCACGGGACAUUUGCUGCAAUCCACAGUGCCGCAAUCCGUGUAUCCUACCUAAGGACGCCAAACGAUGCACAGGCUGUCUUUCCGCUCAUUAUUGUUCUCGGGAGUGCCAGAAACAUGAUUGGAUAACUCAUCAACCAAAGUGUAAGAGCCUCAGAUCGGACAGAAAAGAUGGGAAGCUCAUGCGGGCGGAUACUUUGGAACAAGAUUUCGCAGAGUGGAUGGUUGACCAGGACUUGCCUCGUUUCCUCUCGGAGACAAAGGAAAUCCGCCAAAAACUAGAAGCAAAACGCGCGAUGACGGAGCCUUACAAGAGAUACCCCAUGGUGAUAGAGAUCUCCUACAAUUUCGUGCCUACCAAGCUAGUGAGAGUUUACCCGGGCGAAGAGUCUCGCACUCACGGAAUCGGUCGGAUGCCCGAAGUUAUGGACAUAUUAGAAAGGAGAAGAGGUCAGCUGAAUGAAGUGUUCUUCUAUGCCGCACUUCCGGGUCCUAGACCUGAAUGCAUCUGCACGACAUUCCAUUACACCAGUUUGCCGGGAGUCUACGCUUCCAAAUCAUUCGACUCAGCAGUCCUGGGAACUUUACCGUGAAGACCGCUCCUUUCUUCCAUUAUUUGGGAACUCGGAGGGUCUCGCAAUCAAUUCAAUGUACCAUCAUGUAGCUAUAACUCCAUUUCUUUUGUACAGC